CGAAAGCUGUGUGCUCUUCUAUGAUCGAUUGUUUAUCCAUCGAUCAUAUGGUAUUUGAAAAAAAUAUUGAGUAAUCUUUGCACAGAUUAUUCAUUAUACUUCAUAUCGGUCUUUCAAGAGAUCGUGAAAUGACGUUUUGCUAGAAUAAAGCAGAAUGUGGCAUUAGAGUCUAGAACCCGAGUCGGCCGGCGAGCACUUUGACUUCCCUUGGUUGAACUGGAAGUGGCAGUUGCAACUUGCACAUGAAAAUUACUGGAAAUCUGAAUCAAAGUUUCUGACUUAUUUCUGGCUUUAGCAUCACUGUGGAUAUGGAGGAUAGCCCUCAGUCAUCCAUGUCCUACAUGAACCAAGAAUCACCAAGACCCAUCGGCUUGGUGCGAAGUUCUGUGGCCAGGACUAUAUAUCAUCGGAUGUUGGAAGACGAACGUCACAGGCAUGACUGCCAUGAUUAUUGGUAUGUGGUAGAACAAGACAAACUUCCGGCUGACAUCCGGGACAAAUUCAUCCGAUUUCAUCAAGAUACGGAAACAGAACUUUUUUUGGAGAACUGCUACCAAAAAUCCGAUUGGGUUUUUACUCAGGUGUUACAUUCUAUACUCCGCUCAGUGCUAAGCUGGUUUAUGAGCAGCACCUCCAUUAAUGGCUAUCUUGACAGAGGUUCAAUGUUUGUAUUUUCUCACAGCCACUUCCAACAGUUACUUGGGAUCACAGAUCACUGGAAGGGAGAUAACUUACUAGAUUUAGGAGCAGGUGAUGGGAAGAUAACUCAGAUCAUGGGGACGUAUUUCGCAAAUGUCUACGCUACAGAGGCGUCGUCUACUAUGAUAACACGGCUACAGGAGAGAGGAUUUCAAGUUUUAGGCAUAGAGGCCUGGGGCAAUGGCACGUUGCAGUAUGAUCUGAUUGGUUGUUUAAAUCUUCUGGACAGAUGUGACAAGCCAAUCAGCAUCCUCCAUUCAAUUAGGUCCAGCUUAACACCUGGAAUAGGAAGGGUUAUCAUAGCCACUGUUCUUCCAUUUAAGCCUUAUGUUGAGACAGGUACCGAUGACCACAUCCCCACAGAGAACAUUCGGUUGGAGGGGCAGAGUUUUGAGGAGCAGGUGACCUGUUUAGUGCGACAUGUGUUUGAACCGGCGGGGUUUGAGCUGGAGCGUUUUACUCGUCUCCCGUACCUGUGUGAGGGAGAUUUGCAGCAGUCAUUCUAUGUGCUUGAUGAUGCGGUAUUUGUCCUGAAGCCGAACACACAGGACCCUGCCCCCAGCUGAUAUCUGCCUGGGUACACAACUCUGUCUAAACGAGGUCAAGAGAUUAUGUAGCAUGGUGGUGUGAACAGAUUUGGCUAUACAGUUCAUACAAAGUGAAAUCUCGCUUCCCAGCAUGACGUUUCUUCAAAAUAGGACUGACACAAGAACACGGGCUAAUCUGAUACCAUGCAACUCUUGCGCGAUAGUGAGAUUUCAUUUUUAAUAUAAUACAUGAAUUUCACACAGAGAUCUCAUUAUAAAGAUACAUGUAUACAAAUGACCGGUGAGAACAGAAUAAAGGAAUGUUGCAUUUUUUUUUUUCUGGUAAAGGAGAAAUUGACUGAAGAUCUUGUUUGAUCAAGUAUCCAUAGGUAUUAUUUCUAUGCAGGGAUAAAUCCUUAACAGAUGCCCAUCCCACAGUUUUCAUGUACACAUCCAGUCAAUCAGUGUGGGCCUAACUUGGAAAUUAGAGAUACAAUAGGGAGGUUUUGCAGGGCUGUGUAUACACAUACAGACAUGGCCAUGACCUUGACUGCAUUCACACACAAAGAAAACUGCUGUGUCCAUAGUCAGUAGAGAAUGUAUUUGUAUAUAGUUUGUGCCACUUUUAGUACAUUCUGCUUUUUUACUCAAUCCUCAACCAGAAAUUUGACUCAGUUUUACUUUACUUUGAGAAAACUAUUCUCAUACCAAUGCUUCUGGUUUGGUUAGUAAAACUAUCUCAUAAGAUAGUCUGUACUGACGUGGGUGGUAUCCGUUGCACAUUGGAUAGGCUUGUGCACAGUGGAUCAGAGAGAGAGAGGAGGUAUUGGUAUCCGUAAAUGUAUACAUGACGGCACAAAACUUCUCUGUUAAGAAAAGAGGCUUCAGUCGGUUUAUAGUUAACAGGUUCUUGUUACAAAAGCUGUAACAUAUUCCUGUUACAAAAGCUAUAGUACCAGAAUUUUGUAAUGGUGGAUGAUUGUAAACUUUGCUUUGUGUCCAGUCUUUUCCUGCAUCUGGUGAAUUUCCACCACAGUGCAGUGAAGGUUCAGUUCAUUUUACACUGAAAAAAUAUUUCAAAUAUCUUGGCAAUUUUCAGUAAUGCAGUUCAGUUUUGGUGAUUUUGAUCAGUUAUAUCUAUGCAAAUGAUACUUAAAUCCUUUUUAUGUUUGCGUCCAAACAUUGUUUUUAAGAAAGGUAUACCUGUACAUCUCAAAGGAAAAAAAAUAAAAUUACGUGUACAA